UUGUCCCCGGCGUCACCCCGCAGCGCCAGGCCCUGCCGUGGCACCUCGCGGCUCCACCAUGGUGGCCUCCCCGAGGCGGUGGCGGGUGCUGGCGGCGGCGGCCCUGGGCGCCCUGCUGUGCCUGGCGGGCGCCUACCCGCCGAAGCCCGAGAGCCCCGGCGACGACGCCUCGCCCGAGGAGAUGGCCAGGUACUUCUCGGCCCUGCGCCACUACAUCAACCUGGUGACACGGCAGAGGUACGGCAAACGCGCCAGCGCCGAGGCCCUGGCAUCGGAGCUGCCCUUGGGGGCCAGCAGCGGCCACACCGGCAGGUCAUGGUACGACGACGACUCCUCAUGGUGACGGGCUCCCCCGGCCCCGAAUCCGCCCCGGGGCCUCCCGAGGGCCCCAGCGCCCGGUGCCAGCAUGGACCCCGCCGGGAGGGACAGGGCACCCCACAUGCCCGGCCCGGGGGGUCCCGCUGCAGGGCCCCCGUCCCCGUCCCCUCCCCACUGUCGCCGGGUCCCCGCACGGCUCCCGUGCGCUGCCGCUCGUGGCAAUAAAGAGCAAGAU